GUCUAUCAUCUAUCUGUUCAUCCAUCAAGCCAGCCAGUGAGGAAGAGGCAGAGACAUGAAGAGACCUCACGACUACAGCUCCCCAGACUCGGACACAGACGAGUUUAUUGACGUGGGACAGGAAGACGGCUAUUGCCCAGUCACCGGGUCCAUGUCUCCUGGCAGCGCCUCACAGAUUCUGGCUCGAAAGAAGAGAAGAGGGAUCAUAGAGAAGAGGCGCAGAGACCGGAUCAACCAUAGCCUGUCAGAGCUCAGGAGACUGGUGCCCAGUGCUUUUGAGAAACAGGGUUCAUCUAAGUUGGAGAAAGCAGAGAUCCUACAGAUGACCGUGGACCACCUCAAACUUCUGCAUGCAAUGGGAGGAAAAGGUUACUUUGAUGCAAGGGCCCUGGCAGUUGACUACAGGACACUGGGCUUUAGGGAGUGUGUUGGAGAGGUGGUGCGGUACCUCAGCUCCCUUGACGGGGAGUCCCCGGACCCUGUUGGAGCCCGCCUGGUCUCCCAUCUUUCCCACUGUGCAAGUGAGCUAGACCCUCUCCUCUUACAGUCACUCCCAGCCUCCUCCCUGCCCUUUCCUCCUUGGCCGUGGGCGUCCUUCCCUCAGAUCUCCCCCACCUCACCAGCCUCUUCCUCACCUCCUUUCCCCAGUGGGCGAAGGGAUCUGGCCCUGCUGGGGAGCUACCCGUCUCCCGCCUCGCUCCGCCUUGCCCCCCUGGGCGGCUGCCAGCAGGGCGCACCACAGCUACUUGCGCCUACAGCCCUGGCCACCGUCCACAGGGUGCCCUCCCUCGCAACGUCCGCGGCCCUAGCUCCCUCAAGGCCGACCCAGCCGUCCCCUCACAGCGCCACCAGGGCCUCGCCUCUUCCUCUCCUCACCCCCUCCUCUUCCUCUCCUUCUACCUCCUCCUCUUCUACUUCAUCUUCUUCUGCUCCACUGCAAAUCUCUUUCAGGCCCUUCGCACCUCUAGGGUCGCCCACAGCCCAGCGCAGGGUCUUGAGCGGAUCAGCCAAGUCGGCCCAGGGAUGGGGGACUGAGAUCGGAGCUUUCUGAGGGUCAGCCGUGGUUUUGUUUUCCAAAUGAACUGUGUGCAGUGGACAU